AUGAAUUUACAGUAUGCAGUGUAUUUUAUAAUUGUAUAUACAUUUGUGCAUAGUGGUGCUACAGAUGUCCAGACAAUCCAAAUACCUAUCAACAAACCAGAUGAGGAAUAUUUGGUUCAGUUAAAUAAGCCGCUCGUAAUAUAUUUUGAAGGAACAGUUAUUAGUCGAUGUGUUUGGAACUCGACGCAUGAAAAUAUUGAUGCAAGUGAAAAAUCCAUUACUUACAACUCAUUCCCUAACAUCGAAUUCUCUUCGUUAAGUAUUUCAUCAGUAACUAAAGACAUGAGCACACAGUGGAAGUGCACAAACGUGAAUAAGGAAAAUUUUGUUUUCAAUAUUCGAGUCAAAUGUGCAUAUGCAGUUGAAGUGAAUCUCGUUGGAUCAAUUAUAUCAUUUAAGAUGACAAAUGAGUCAGUGAAAGAAUAUGAUGGCAUUUAUAACUAUGAAUGCGAGAUGGGAGAUACUAUAGAUAUAACUUGCAGAAACUUGUACAAUAAUGGCCACAUAACAUUACAGUACCACGAUGCGCAGGGGGCUAUCAUUACGAGCAGCCAAUCUUACGAAAAAGAAAAGUCCGAUUUGACUUUUCGAAUGUUGGUUAGAGGUAAAAAUGUUAGCCGAUCAUACGUAGACUGUACGUACGUAACACCAAUAGAAACUAUAGUACAAGAAUUCACGUACAGAACUAUAUUUCAAAUCACAAAUAGAAAUCCGAGAAGAAGUGAUGGUUUUAUUAUAACUAUCAACAGAAUGAAGUUAACCAGAUUGCCACCCGGUUUGUCAACAAUAGACAGAUAUGUGUACAAAUUCCUUAGCAUGGAACAUUUAAAAAUUACAUGUUCAAAGAGCAGGGAGCAACCAGGUGCUAUAUAUGGAAAAAUAAAAGAAAGCAAUAAUAAGACUGUGCUCAGUACAGAUGUAAAAACUGAGCAAACGUUCACCACUUUAAUUGAACCUGUAAAUCUAGAUAAUGUGACUUUUCAAUGUGAUUCUAAAAAAGGACCUGAUAAUUUGGUUUCUGAAAUCAAAUUUAUAAAGGAACCUAACCGUGAUACUUAUAUACUUGGUUUAUCUGCAAGUAAUGUACUCUACGAGUACAAUACUAGAAGGAGCUGGAUAACUCAUUAUGAGUAUACCGUCAAUCAGAUACUGAACCUUACCUGUAUCACAACUAGGGAUAGAUCGCCACAAUGGGCAAAUAGAAAAGAAAUAAUUUCGACCAUACAUGAGAAUGUUGAGUACGGAACUAAAUAUAUUAAUUAUAUGUUUCCGAUGAAUAUUGAAACAAUUAAAAUUAUUACUUGUGAAUCUAAGAAGAAUGGAACAAUAACACAAAUAGUGACUAUUAUUCUUCAUCAGGUUUUAGAAAUACCAGCAGAAGAACAAGAUUUGAAUAGCAAUUAUGAAAAUAACAUUCCUGAAAACUUCACAAGUUUCACUGUAUUUGAGAUCAUUGGUACAAUCGCAGGCAUCUUGUUCGCCACAAUUGGUGCUGUUUGCGCAUUAUACUUGUGGAAGAAGAAAAUAAAUAUUUUAGCUAAGCUGCACACAUGUUUAAAAAAAGAUGACAAUCAACUACAUUCUCUAACAAACGAAGUUGUAAAUGAAUACACGUAUAUUGAAAAUGAAUAUAAUUACAUCCAAAAUCAGGAUGUUUAUAUGAUAACGAAUGUCGCAUACUGUGGGAGUACUCAGAAUUAUGUCACACAGAAAACCACCUCUCAGAGUGAUCACAAAGAGGACUAUUACACAGAAAUUGAUGAUAAAACAACAAAUAAUGAAAUCAAAACCACAUAUGCUGUACCUUACGAGACUCAUCAUAUAAACAAAGAUAAGGUUUCGAAUUGUGUUAAGGAUUAUGAAAAUGUCCAAAAUAAAAGCAAUACAGGUUACAGGAACUUGCAAAUAAAAGAUUAUAAUAUAAGUUACAGCAAUUUGACUAACGAUGAUUUGAAUGCAAGUUAA